CUUACCGUCUUCACCCACUGAACAACAACUGCACUGCACUUCACCACACUUCUCGACGAGACUGAGUUCUCACGAGACAAUACGGCACCCGCACGAUAGCACUACGCAGCAUCUUUGCACGAUAUUCUCUCCGGCUCAGCUGGAGACUGGAGUGGUAGUGUCCGGCAGAUCACCUCUUUGAUCUGUUACCCUAGCGUUGCCCUGGUGUUUUAUCUUGACCCCGUCCAUGCGCCGCGACCUCCUCACGAUAACUCGCUGAACACCUCACUUGCACCUCCUCAACCUUGACCUCAGCUGCGGAAAUACCUCGACGACAAUACCGACCGAUUAAAUGAAAGCGUAGAAGCCUUUAUUCUCGAUCGUACUUCCGCCUCCAUCCCAGCCCGAUUCAUCCUCCCACCUCGCGAAUCUCUCGAUCCACAGCAGCACUCUCGUUCGCUCCACUUGCGUCGCAAACACAUGUUCGUUCUCGAGGAGCAGAUACUCGUGGAGCACAAGUUAUAAUUCCAUGUGGAUAUUGGAGGACGACUAAGGCACGGCUUGUUGAUUAUCGGCUACGCUACACUGUCUGUCCCACCAGGAUCAACGCCCAAAGAUUUCGAAUUUCCUACCACGACUGAUACAGUGCACAUUCUCAAGUUCAGAACAUUGAGUGUAGGUCAGGUCGCGGACCUGUACCGAAACCUCAAUCUUUUGGUUCGGAGCGUAGCUCACCUGCUCUCGAGAUGGAUCCAACAAAUUUUCAACAACAAAUGGGCGCCGGCCCUGGGCCAAUGAUGCCCCAGCAAAUGCAGCAGCGCCAACCUCAGAAUCCACAUGCCUCUGCUCAGAUCCAGUCGAUGAUCUUCUCAACCCUUCAGCAGCAAACCGGUACUCUUACUGGUUGGCGAACGCAGAUUAUGCACAACGAACGAAUGGGUCUGAUAUUUAACAUAAUUGGAAAUCUGCGCCUGGCCAGUCAAUCCCAAUCGAAUGCUCCCAGCUUGCAAAAAAUGAUAGAAAUUGGCAUCCGGUUCGAGAAGGACAUAUUUGACAAAUCUCAGAACAAGGAAAUCUACAAGCAGGAAGUGCAAAUGAAACUGGAGCAGUUACUAGAACGACGAGCAGCAAACCAGGCCGGCAUGCAACAACAGAUUCACCAACAAGCUCAAGCGCAGGCACAAGCUCAGCAAGCCCAAGCUCAGCAGCAAAUGAUGAUGAGCCAAAACAACAUGCCUGGGCAAGCCCCUAGAGUCAUGCCUCCGCAACCACCCCAGCAGGGGUUUUCACAUCUCCAGCGUCAGAUGCAAGCUUCACCACUUCCAGGACAACAGCCACCACAGGCUCCUAUGGGACUGCCCAACCAAGGAGUUCCACAGAAUAUGUCUCAAAAUCAACAGCAGUUUGUUCCCAUGCCGCAGCAACAGAACAUGGGCGGCAGGCCAGUCAAUAGUCAACCGCCUAUGACACAACAGGACAAUGCUGUUGUAAACGAGCUUACCAACAGACUGAUGUCUGGGGCCUCGGAAGAGGAGAAGAAUACGCUGAGAACUUCCUUGCAGCAGCGAAUGGACCCAGCACAAUUUAACAAGUACCAAGCCCAAGGUGUAGAUCCCAUCUUCAUGUACUACCGAAAUCAAGCUAUGAACAGACUUCGCCAGGAGAGAAGUCAGCGCAUGCAACAAGCCCAGGCUCACCAACAGCAGCUUGCUCUCUCGCAGCAGCAAGCUCAAAGUGGGCAGGUUGCGCCUCCUAUGCAACCGCAACGAUCUAUGAACCCUAGCCCAAUGAAUGGACAGAGCCAACCACCUACCACCGUGGGUGGAAACCCGGAUUUUGGAUCAUUUAUGGGUAACAUGGAGAAUCUUGCAGCACAACAGCAGCAGCAAGGCGUACUAGCACAAGAAGCUGGGCAGAUGGUAGUUCCAGCCAGUGUUCCUCCACGAAAUGGAACCCCACAGCCGGGUAUGGCUGGUCAAGGGAUAGAUAUGGUGCCUAAUCCUAACCCCCGAGCCCAGCAACAGCAGCAGAUGUUCAAUGCUCAGCAGAUCCAACAACAAAGAAUGCAGCAUGCACAACAGCAGCAGCAACAACAACAACAAUCGCAGGCACGUUUAAAUGCCCAGCAAAAAGCACAGCAGACAAUUGGGCUUCGAGGUCAACCAGGUGGGAUGGGGCCUGGCCCGAAUCCGCCACAGCAAAGCCCUGCAAUGGCGACGCUCAAUGCACCAUUGAGAACGCCCUCACAGCCGAUGGCCCAUCCAGAACCACCUCAGGUGAAUCCCAAUGCUCAAUUUGGCCAGCCACUAGAUCCCCGCUUCAUGCAAGGGAAUAGACCCGGAGCAGCAAACGGUAUGACGUUUGCUGGACUGAAUCCUGCCAUGCUUCAGAAUAUGACGCCGGAGACUCAAAGAGCCUUGGCUGCCAUGCCGCCAGACAAACUGAAUGAGGUGGUGAAGCAAUGGCACGAAUCCCGCGCCGGGCAAAUGAAUACCGCAAAUAUGGCUGGUGGACGCCCUCCGAUGCCAAUGCAAGGUCCUGGCCAGGCUCGGCCCGGUCAACAAAUACCACCAGGUCCAUUCAAUCUUCAAAAUGGAGCGAAUCAAUUCAUGAUGGGGAAUUCAGGACAACGGCCACCUCAAUCGAUGGCCCCUGGCAUGAAUCCUCAACAGCAAAUGCUUUUGCAACAACAAAUGGCUAGUCUACGGCAGAAUCAGAUGCAACAGCGUGUCGGCCCGAACGCUGCGCAGAUAGAGCAGCGCGCUCUGCAGCAGAUGGACAACGUGGAAAUUCCUCAGAUUUUCCACAACCACGCCAGCAUGCCCCAGGGGAGUCCACCAGAGAUAAAAAAAUGGGGUCAGCUUAAGCAAUGGAUAGCACAGAAUCCGAACCUUGCGGGAACGGGGAGUCUCGACGCUGUCAAGAAUCUUCAGAAGUUGCACUACACACAGGCAAUCCGAAGUCGUCAACAGGUUCAGGGUGCUAGUAUGCAGCCAGGUGCCCAGCAAGGCAUAGGUCCAAAUGCACCUCCGGCUAUGGUUGCUCCCGUGGCUCCUAUGAUACCUCUCAACAACGGUAUGAAUAUGCCAGGCCUCGGCCAGUUGCGACAACCCACUGCACAAGAGAUACAUACGAUGCGAACCCAUCCCAGUGGUAAACUGGCACAAGCAAGCGAUGAACAGAUACGUGCUAUAUACAUGAGGAACCAGGCGAACCAGCUCCAACAACAAGCUCAAGCCCAGGGCCAAGGACAAAUGACACCUCAGCAGCAUCAGCAACGUCAACAAAUGAUGGCCCUGCAAUUGAGUCGGAUGCAACAAGCCAACGCCCAGGCCGCCCAUGUGACUGGGCAACCAAAUCCAGGUCAGAUGGGACAAGCUCAACCCAACCCUACACAGGCCCUCAAGCCACCUCAAGCUGGCCAAAACUCCGGUCCUAACGCUCAUUCCGAAUCGGCCCCUGGUAUUCCGAAUAAUCGGCCAAGCUCCCGACCUCAACCAAAUGCUCGAAACGCCGCCCAAACAUCUUCACCUGCCCAACCGGUUAAGAAUUUGAAGCGUGCCAGUAGUGAUGAUGUUAUUGAAGUUCCUAACCCGAACACUCAGCAGCCACGCCCAUCUCCCCAGCCUGCGCAAGACUCGACUCAACAGCCGCGACAACUUCCAACCCCACAGCAGCUUGCUGCAAUGGACCCUGAGACAAGGAAAAAGUACGAAAAUGCCAUCCGGGCUGCGCAGAAUGCAAACCAAGGCUCCAAAAUGACUGCAGAGCAGGCCAGAUUAGCCAUAAUCUCGAAAGAGGAGCAAGCAAAGCUACCACACACAAUUCCUGAUAUCUCUAUGGAUGAAGAAACGAGAAAGAAAACCGCGGCGGCUUUACUCAGCGUACACUCGGGCAUGAUCAAUGUCUCGAAAGCCUUACCGAGAUGGUUCCAAGUCGAUCAUGAUGAAGCUCAAGCUAGGAGAUUUUUCCAGGCAGUAUGUAUUCCACACCAUAUUUCUCUUGCCGUUCAUGACUAAAUCCUUUAGCGCUUUCGCUAUGGCAGGCAAUUUCGUGGCGACUUCAAUCAGCCCAAUCCCACUUUGAGGGACACCUUCUCUAUCAGUAUGGCAGAGAUUGAGAGCACAAGGUCCAUGAUGGGAGCCAUUGUCAAAGUGUUGAGCGAACGGUAUCCCAAUAUGAAGAAGCCUGACGGCGGCGCCAAGAACCUGCAGGCUCCAGCAUCACAAAGCGAGGCUCAACAGUCACAACCCAAUCAGCCGCCAACCCCGUUGAAUGCCGCAAAUCUACACCAACAGCAGCAGCAGCUCAAUAACUUGCAUAAAAGAAACAACAGUCGCAGCUCAAACACACCUGCGGCUCCUACCUCUUCACAACCACCUUUUGCAUUUGGAGCUACAUCGCCCCAUGGAACGCCUGCAUACGCCGGCAAAAAUACCCUAAAGCAAGAGGAUCUGCAUAUACCUGCUCGAAAGAAGCAAAAACAAAACAGUACUCCCGUACCGGGUCAAGGAACUCCUGGCUCAAAUUCCUCACCUCAAGUGUCCAAGGCAACAUCACCUGAUCUGAAGAGGCAGCAGUCAGAUAACAAACAACGAAGCAAGCCUUCCUUGUGCUGUUCGGAGCCAGAGUGUGACAGACACAAUAUCGGCUUCGAGACCCCUGAGGCACUGAAGGCCCAUACUCAGGAGGAGCAUAUACGACCGCUGGAGAACCCAUUGAAAUAUGUCCAAGAGAAUCUAGCCAGCACACUUGGAUUAGACAGUCAAGGCCAGUCGAAGAAACCUGUAGCUGCCCAAUUACCGGAAAGUGGGCCAGUUGCCGCUAAAAUGGCGGUGACUGGUUCAAGACAAGGCCGAACGCCGACUGCCAAAGAAGACAAUACCCCUGCCGGAGCUACGCCAAUGAACCGUCAAGUCUCUAUGAAUCGCCAGAGUAGUGCUACAGAGGGAAAGACAAACAUUCCAUCUAAGUCUAUUCCUGGCAAGGACGCCACUGGAAGGGGCCAAACUAGCCAAAAGGAUGCCAACAAGCCGAAAGAGAACCCAGUGGAGGCGGUGGCCCCGAACUUGUGGGCUAAUGUUACAAUUGAUCCUCAUGAUCUCUUCCAUAGUUUUCAGCCAUUCGAGACUGGCGCAGGUGGUGCAAUUUCGGACAUGAAUGUGUAUCGUUCGAUUACCCCGAACGAUACGCCAGAGUCAAGCAAGGACGGUGUUUCAGAACCGAACAGUGAUAUUUCUGAUGGCGUUGGCCUAGAUAUCAGCCUCGACAUCUUCGAUGAUAAGUGGAUGCCAUUUGGACCUGGCGAUACCGAGGGUCUUUUUGAUAUGAGUGGAUUCAACGUCAAUGGUGAAGAUGACCUUACCAUGUUUGACGCCGACCCUCCGGCCGUCACUUACCAGUCAUGGGACGACAUGGUGGAUCCUUCUGUCCUUGACAAACCGUUUUCUUUCGAUACCUCGUUAUAUUCCAUGAAUGCCGAGUAAGAGGCUGCAGCAGUUCUCAUCAAUUCUCAUUAUUUUCGUGUACCUGUUUUCUUAGGCGUUCUAAGCUAUGGAUGGAAGUCUCAGCAUUGGUUGGAAGCUAGGCAAGGAUGUUGAGGAGAUAUACCAGUUAGGAAAAGCAUGUGUGGCUGGCGUUGCGGUGAUUUACAUCUUUGGAUUAUGGACUUGGCUUAGCGCCGGCGUCGACUUCGAUACAAUAUUUGACUAGUAUAGGGCUCUUGCAUAUUUUUGACUCUGCUUGCGCUGCUUAGCUGAUGAGUGAGCAGAUCUGUACGAUUGGAUAUGAAAUUUUACAUGCGCA